UGAUUUGGUCUAAAUCCAACCGAUUUAGUUUAACAUUUCAACACUUUGAUAUUUUACAUUUUGACCUUUUUUUAUUUUUAAUUUUUGCUAAUAUUGUGAUGGACAACAAGUUGUGGUCCAUUGUUCAAUUGACAAAAUUGUGAAUCAAGUUUAAGCCUUUUCUUUAUGAUGUUAUAUAAAAAUGUGUAAUAACCAAUACAAUGAUGUUCAUGCUUACUUUUUUUGCUAUUAUUACUCUGAUGUUAACCUUUUAUUGUGAUCAAAUUGUGAUGGUGGAUUGCUUGAUACAGUUACUCGAGUUUCCAUUGAAAAUCACUCAGGCCAAGCAUGUGGAUGUAAUAUGGAGAUGAGGAAGAUAAAGGUUUCAUCUUGUGAAUGGAUUUGCUUUGUUAUGCAGGGGCUUCCCUCUCUUCUCUGUGCCCUCUCUUUAUGUAUCUUGAUACGCCAAACUCAGGUUCAUUAGAUCAUUUUGUGGUUUGAUAUAGUUGUAAUUAGUGUUGAUAUUUUGCUGCUGCUUCUGGUCAAUACCUUUACUUUAAACCUUGCUAAAAAAUCUGUCUUCUAAAAAUGGACUACUCAAUAUUGGUCAAAGUAACAAAUUGUUUCACCUUGCAGUUCAUUAUCUGUUAUUUGUCAUCUGUUAAUGGUCAAUACUAUGGAGAUCCUUAUUCAUCGUCUUCGUCAAUCAACCGUUAUGGAUAUCGAUAUGGAAAUGGUUUCAACUAUGGAUCAAAAUAUAGCAAUCCUUAUAAUGGACAAUACUCUGAUCCAAACAGACAAUCGAUGAAUCCGACUGAUCAAAUGACUGAUCCCAACAGCUAUUGGAAAAUUUUCCGUGAUCGUUACCCACAAGGAUUCCCUUCUCUUUCAUCGUCGAUGCCUCCUCAACCAUCUUCAAUGUCUUCCUCCUCUCCUCUGUCUUCUUCCUCUUCUCUAUCGUCAUCUGGGAUGCCUUCAAUGUCACCAUUCAAUUCUCAAUCACAAAUGCAAUCACAAUCACCAUUUUUAUCUGUAUCCUCCAUGCCUGGUCAACCACCUCUAUCAAAUUUUGAUGCUAAAUACGGCGUUCUAGGUCCAGCCAAUUUCGUCGAUAGCACAGCAACAUUUGAUCAUAGAUUAGGUUGGGUUCCAAGGUAUCCAAAUUUCGUCCUUCCUUCAGGAGCUUAUCAUUUUCCAGCAACAGGUCAUCCUUAUUCAUAUCACAGAAAUAGGAUUGCUCGUGGUGUUGCAGAUAUAAGAGGAGCAGACAAUAAAAUAACAGGAUCAAUCAGUUUUGAACAAGAGGAAAAUGAUCAUGUAAUUAUUCGUGGAAAAAUUCUGGGUCUUCCACCUGGUGCUCAUGGUAUGCAUGUUUUGGAGAAAGCUUUGACUGGCAAUGAUUGCUCUUCUGGAGGUGACCAUUAUAACCCACAAAAAACUGAUCACGGAGGUAAACACGAUUGGGUUCGCCAUGUCGGUGAUUUGGGUAACAUUUUUGCUGAUCGAGAUGGAGUCGCUUAUUUCGAUCUCACGGAUCAAAUAAUUAGCAUAACUGGUGGUUAUUCUGUUUUAAAUCGAACCAUUGUGAUUACUGAGAAACCUGAUGACUUGGGUCGUAGUGGGGAUCCAGAAAGCAAAAGAACUGGUAAUUCAGGACAAGCGAUUGCUUGUGGACUAAUCCAGUUGGCAAAGUUUUAAAUUACUAAUUUUCGAUACACAAAUGUUAUCAAUCACAAUUUCUUUAAGCUAAAAUCGAUUAUGACUUUUGCCUUUGGAUUUCACCUUCCGCAAAGGACUCUGGAAAGUCCAUUCAUGUAUUAUUCGGACUUUAAAUUCUGUAUUCAAUUUUCUUGUAAUACAAAUACAUAAGUAAUCAUGUAACUUUUAAAGGCAUCCUGGUUGCUCACUAAUUCAGUAGUGCCUAAACCAGUAAUUAGAGAUGUUAGGAAAAGAUCAAUCUUGAAAACUCAAUUUUCCUAUUCCAUUCAAUUAUUAAUACUAAUAUUGUAUUAAGAACCAAAAAAGAUCGUAUUAAUGCAAAUAUUUUUGUCUUUUUAUAAGUAAAACCGUUUUUUUGUAUUCUGUUACCUCUUUUAUUAAAAUUCUCAAUUCUGAUUCAAGAUCAGGAUCGAACUGAAACAGUUCUUCUUGGCCUUUGACAGG